CGCCGGCUGCGAGGCCCGCGUCCCUGCGCCUGCUUGUUGCAGUGGCGGCUCCUUCUCCCUGGCGGUCCGUUCAGCCUCAUCGCGCUCUAUGGAGGAGAGAAGGCGCCGGGCCCAGGGCUGUAACCAUGUUGCCGCGGUGCUCUUCCGCCGGGGACUCCAGAGCGGCCGGAGACGGCAGCCUAUCCAGUUUUUGCAUAAUCGAAGGUCCAGAGACAAUACAAGACUUCGUUCAGAUGCAAUCGCAAGAGAUUCAAGACAACAUCAAGAGUCGGCGUAACAAAAUUUUCCUUUUAAUGGAAGAGGUCAGACGAUUGCGGGUGCAGCAGCGAAUAAGAGCUGCUGAAAGCAGAGGUGCCAGCACUGAAGAAAAUGAAAUGCCGGAGAUGCCAUCUACUAUUCCGUUCUUGCCUUAUACGUCACCGAAAACAAUGAAGCAACUCUAUUUGACAUCAUUCUCUUUCAUAUCUGGGAUAAUCAUGUUUGGAGGCUUGAUAGCUCCAAUUCUUGAACUGAAAUUGGGGCUUGGUGGUACAUCUUAUGAAGAUUUUAUACGGAACAUGUACUUGCCUCUACAAUUAAGUCAGGUAGAUCCUAUUGUGGCAUCAUUUUCCGGCGGCGCAGUUGGUGUAAUUUCAGCCUUAAUGUUGGUUGAAGUUAAAAAUGUGAGGCAGCAAGAGAAGAAAAGAUGCACGUAUUGCCAUGGGACUGGAUACUUGCCAUGUGCCCGUUGUUCUGCUAGCAAAACGUUAUUGAGCACCAAACGCUUUUCAUUAUCGACAACUGAACGGUGUUCCAAUUGUUCAGGAGCUGGAAAGGUGAUGUGCCCAACAUGCUUGUGCACGGGAAUGGCGAUGGCAAGCGAGCAUGAUCCACGUAUAGAUCCAUUUGAUUAAUGUUGAGCAAUUUGAAGUGUGCAUGUCUGUUGCUGCACGUUUUGAUGUGUAGCAAAUUGUUUCUAUUUCUGUGGUAGACCCGUAGGGCUUGAAUCAGUCUUUGUUACUCCAAAGUAUUGUAUAUCUAAGGAGUUGCAGCGAGAUGAGCCUGACAGAGUUAUGACGAUCAGCCCAACUACCAAAAAGUUGUAACGCUGAUAUAUCUUGAUACUGGAUUAUAUGAGAACUCGAUCUCGGAUUUUAGAA